AUGUCCACAUCGAAAGUCACCACGCCGUCAUCAUCCAAGGCUUCGACCAAAAAGGACGGUUCUGCUCCUCGCCAGAGCCGUUUCAGAGGCGACGUUCCUGCCUUCAACCCAACAGGCCAGUCGCCAUUCGUUUUGGCACAACAAUAUCAAACUCCGCCCCAGGCAUUCCCACAACAGCAACAGCCUUACCAGCAGCAUCCCCAGAUGAUGUACGGUGGCCAAGUGCCGGGCGCAUACAUGCAAUACAUGGGUUACCCUGAGUACAUGAUGGGGUACCCAUACUAUCCCAUGCCAACGACGCCAUUCCCACAGCCCUACAUGGCGCCACAUAUGAACAGCAUGAACGGCAUGAACGGCUACAUGCCUCCCAACAACAAUACGAAACAGAAGAAGUUUUCCAAGGGCCACAAUGCAUACAAUAAUAGUCAUAAUAAUCACCACAGUCAUUACGCCGACGCUCCCGUCGAGGAUCCUUAUGGACAGCCCGCAAAAGUCAAUGAUCCUUACACGGCCCGCUCGGUGUCCCCCCAGACAGAUGCAUAUCCUCCUCAGCAGGCACCAGAACCAGCCUCUACACUUUCUGAAGAGACUCCUCCCACCACACAAGUCAUAGAACAAGAGGAGACGAAGCAGACAGAAACUGAAGAGCCCAAGCUGAAAAAGGAGGAGUCCGUGCCUGUCGGAACCUUCCCACUUCUAUUUAGCACUUCUCCCGAGGAAUACUCUAGUGCUAGAUCAGAGGCCGCCAGCGAAAAGAAGAAUCUACUUGCAUCUAAACUUGGUCGUGUGCAGAAGUACGUUCAACAACAGAAGACCCAAUCGGGUGGCCUCGCCAAUCUAAUCAUCAACAAGAACGCUACUUUCACUGUCCUCGACCACAGCACCGGUAAAUCUGCCACCCAGCUUAUAUACCCCGCAGAAAUUGCCAACUCUGAGUCCGCUGACCAAGAACAACCUAAUAAUGAUAACGACCUGAACGACGCAACGACAAGACCAUCGAACUGGGCCUCUGUGCUUCAGAGCACAGCUACCAAGAAGGUAUCCAAGAAGACCGCAUCAGCAUCCAAGACCACUCAAGCUGCUGUCGAGAGUAAGUCUGCCUCUCCAACACCAUCCAUAAACAACGGGCCGCAAGCCCUUGGGUUGUUGCUGUUGAAGAUGUUGUUCGAGCCCGAGUUUUCCUUGAACUCAUACCCAUCAUAUUCUAUCAAUCCAAGAGGAUUGACGAAUACGGGUAACAUAUGUUACAUGAAUGCUGUGCUCCAGUGUCUCAUGUUCUGCGAGCCAUUCAACAAGCUAAUUCGCUAUGUUGAUGAGCACGCUGUCGGCUCUCUUGACAAGACCUCCCAGCAGCCUAUUGUUGAUGCAACCAUUCAUUUUAUCAAGGACUUUUUAAAGCUUACAACCCAAAAUGGUUCCAACGGCAGCAACGGUUCACUCAAUAGCCAUGGCAUUGUCGUCGGUAGGCCGCUUUCUCCCGAGGUUCUUUACCAAAAGCUUGUGGAGAACACUAAGUUUAAGCAUCUCAAAUGGGGUCAGCAAGAAGAUGCAGAGGAGUUUUUGACGUACUUCUUGGACGGUCUUCAUGAGGACUUUGUUCGUGCAGAGGCUACAGUUCCAACUACACAGGUUGAUGAGCUCAUAGACUUUUGCCAGCAAAAGCUUAAUGACAGUGCAAGCAAGCAGAACGUUAAAAGCAAAAUUAAGACUGCUUAUCGCGUCACCAAGCAGUCACUCAACCACGGCGAGGAAGUCGAAGCCCUGGAUGAGGAAGAGGAGACAAACGGAUGGUCAGAGGUCGGCAGCGGGAAACGGGUUUCCAAAAAGCGGGUUGUCGAUGUUGAACCAUCACCCAUUACCCUGAUUUUUGGCGGCAGGUUCCGCAGUGUGUUGACCAUACCAAAGGGCAAGGAGUCCCAGUCUAUCACGGUCGAUCCUUUCAGAUGUAUGCUGGUUGACAUCUCCCAGAAGGACGUGACCACUAUAGAAGAUGCAUUGUGGAAUCUGCAUCAAAUUGAGAGGAUUCCGUUCAAGAUCGACGCUGAGCGUGAGGUUACUGCCAAGAAGCAAACCUUCAUUGACCAGCUUCCAGAAGUGUUGCUUCUCCAGCUCAAGAGAUUUGCCUACCAGCAGGAGGCAGAUAACCUGAGCAAAGAGGGCUCUUCCGAGCCCAACGGCAAGGAGUCGGUGAGCUACGGCACCAUCGAAAAGGUGAUGAAGGACGUCAAAUUCGACUUGGACUUGGAAAUUCCACCCGAGUGUCUUAGCUCAACGCUUCGCUCCGCCGACCCUAAGCCCGCCUACAAACUCGUGGGCGUUAUAUAUCACCACGGCCGAAAUGCUGAGGGCGGCCAUUACACGUGCGACGUCUACCGAAAUGGCAUCGCCGAGACGUCGACGGCGAGCGACAAGAAGUGGUUGCGGAUCGACGACACAUCAGUGGAGGCGAUUUCGUCCGACGCUGUGGUGGAAACCCCCGAGGCCAAGGACAAGAGUGCGUACAUUUUGAUGUACCAGAGGAAGUGA